AUGUUCAUAAGUGUGUUUGCUGAUUCAGGUGUACUGAAGUCAGUGAUGGAGGGAGAUUCAGUCACUCUGGAGUCUGGUGUUGCUGAACUAAAGGAAGAAGAUGUGGUGACGUGGCUGUUUGGACCUAAAAAAACUCAAAUAGCUGAAGUGGAUACAGAUGCUGCAAUCUCCUCCACAUCUGAUGGUGAUGCUGUGGGAUUCAGAAACAGACUGAAGCUGGAUAAUCAGACUGGAUCUCUGACCAUCAUGAACACCAGAAUAGCAGACUCUGGAGUUUAUCAACAAACCCUCAGCGGCAAGACAAAACCAACCACACUCAACUUCAGAGUUACUGUAUACGCUCAUCUGCCUGUUCCAGCCAUCAUCAUCAGAGACUGUUCUUCUUCCUCCUCUUCAUCAGUGCAGAAUUGUUCAGUGUUGUGUUCAGUGGUGAAUGUGAGUGCUGUGAGUCUCUCCUGGUACAAAGGAAACAGUGUAUUGUCCAGCAUCAGUGUGUCUGAUCUCAGCAUCAGUCUCUCUCUACCUCUGGAGGUGGAAUAUCAGGAUAACAACACCUACAGCUGUGUGAUCAACAACACCAUCAGCAACCAGACCACACAUCUGGACAUCAACACACUCUGUCAACCAUGUCCAGACUCUGUUCGCUGUUGUAGUACUACUGAAGCUGUGGUCCGACUGGUUUUUUCUGUGCUGUUGUCUGUGGCUACAAUUUCAGUGCUGGUUUAUGACUUUAGAUCCAACAAGGCUGUACCCUUGCAAUGAUUAACCAUAUAUUCUCCUAGCAGGACACAAGGGUGUGAUUUGGUUUGCAUUUAAAUUAUUUGCUAAGUUAAGUUAAAUUGUAAUGCAUACAAAACAUGACAUGUCCAUUCUAAUUUGAUUGAAUUUUUCCAUUCUGUAAGCUAUUAUUUAAUAAUUAUGUUUUAAUUCAAUAAAAUUUAAAAUUCUGAUAACCUCACCCAAUAGGUUAAGGCAAGUCUGUCAGAAACGGUGGCAGGCAAUUAGAUUGUAACAGCACAUUUGUCAUAACAGUAUAAUUGUUUUCUUGUGGUUAGAUCUAUAAAUAUGAGCACAGUGUAAAAACACAGUACAGCUUUAUGCUUUUGCAACAUGAUCCACCAGUUGUAACAGUUAUGCCUGAGGAAAUCUGAAGUUGUGGGGAAUGUAGCGAUAGUGGCGCCCUGAUUAGUGGUGUACCUUCACCCCCUUGUGGCUCCCGCAAGGAGGCAUGGGGAUGGGGUAUAAAUUGGGAUUGGGCCUAAAUUCCCAUUUUUAACAGGCAGAGUUCAAAAUAGGACUUAACAAUAUCUAGCAAAUCAACAAAUGGUAUAAUAAAAAGUGUAGCAGUCAAAGCUAAAUAAUAGAAGGGAAGGAGGCAAGUUAACAAAAUGAACAGGUGACAAGAUGGGAGGGGGCUGACUAAUAGACAGAUAGCACAUGGCAAACAGAACACAACACAAGCCAUGUGCUCACAUACUGUAAAAUCACAAGGCCAUUAAACACAAGAACUGCAUGCAGGACACACUGAAACAAAAGCAUGCGGCUGUAAACACAAAUUACAUAACACGCAAACACAUGGCUCAAGAAACCCGUUCAACGAGAAAAUACAAGAAUACAUUGUCUAAGU